AGAGAGAGAGAGAGAGAGAGAGAGAGAGAGAGAGAGAGAGAGAGCAGGUGGUGCUGUAGACCAUAGCCCUGUAUAUAGAGAGGUUUUUUUGUGCAUGGGUGUGAGUUCAAGUGUGUGUAUAUGCUUGUGGAGUAGCCGUACAGGAAGGAGCAGGGUGCCACAGCAUUGGCAGGAUGGCAGAGAGCACAGAUGUGGACCAGCUGCUAAGUGCCUUUAAGAAGUUUGCUAUCCAUGGAGACACCAAAGCCACAGGGAAGGAGAUGAAUGGCAAAAACUGGGCCAAAAUCUGUAAGGACUGCAAAGUUAUUGAUGGCAAAAAUGUCACGUCCACCGAUGUAGAUAUUGUCUUCACCAAAGUCAAGGCAAAGUCAUCUCGGGUCAUCACUUACGAGGAGUUUCUGAAAGCUCUGGAAGACCUGUCCCAGAAGAGGUUCAAAGGUCAAAGCAAGGAAGAAGCGUUGCAGGCCAUACAUAAACUAAUCGAGGGCAAGGAACCCACUAAUGUUGGUGUGACGAAAGUGGCAAAGAUCGGAGCAGUGGACAGACUAACAGACACUUCCAAGUACACAGGCUCACAUAAGGAGCGCUUUGAUGAGAGUGGCAAAGGCAAAGGAAAAAGUGGACGAGAGGAGAUCGUAGAGAACACUGGCUAUGUAUCGGCAUAUAAACAUGCAGGAAGUUAUGAUGAGAAGACCAAAACCAAGUGAAGGUUGCAAGGCUAGUGGAACACGUAAGGAAUCAGGAAGAGCUCCAUUUCCAUCAGCACUUAUAUUUGGACCAAAGGCAGACCUAAACUUUGUCAUGGUGGAAGCCAGUGAAUGUCAGGAAAUUAAGUAAACAGCUGUGUCUUGGGUCUCCGGAUGCAGUUAUUAAGAUACAUCAGUGUUUGUUGUUUUAAGAUGUUUCUGCACAAUAUGUCUUUACAUGUACACAUCUUUCUGAAUCUGGCCAAUUUUAACAUGUAUACCAAAGCAAAACUAAUUCAAGUGAUUAUUAUUUUUUUUAUUUUACGUUUCUGCUCUGUUAAUGAAGUGGACACGCUUGCUCACAAAGCACUUGAUAAUGAAUUGCCCAUUCAUUAAUUAUAACUGUUUUCAUUUUUGGGGCCUUUUUUUAAUUCUUUUGUUAGAAUUUACACAGUAAAGAAAAAAUAAUCCACUUUAGUGUAAAUAUCGGCAUAUGAAACAUAAUUAUAAUUGACUGCAUGCCAUUUAAUUGAUAACUGCGACAUCUUCAUGCAGUUUGGAUGGAUGGUAGGCGGCUGUCGUAUUGGACCUCCACCAAUCUUGCCAUAUGAAUAAAAAGUUAAACCCAGCCUUCACUUGGCACCUCACAUCCCUUUGCUGUAAAUAGUGUGUAGAGUCUUUCAGAUAGAAAUGGUUAAAUUUCAUGAUCCUUAUUGUUUGGUUAAUCAAAUUUUUAACCAAAGUAGCUGGUAGCUUAUACAAUGUGAUUAAACAAAGACGCUUUGCAUGUAUUCGACAUCUUAAGCACAGUUAUGGUGUUAUUUGGCAUGUAUGUAAUUAGCUACACUGUAUGUGCAUUACCUUAAACCCAUGCUAAUUAGCAUUUGUAAAUAAAAUAAGUUCAAAAUCAAACCCAAACGACACCAUUUAAGGAUCGUUUGGUUCCAUUCUAACCUUUUAAAAAAGCUAUGAAACCUUAAAUAUGCAGAGAAUCCCUCGAAGUACAAUGGUAAAGUAUUAAUGGCAAAAUGAUAGACCAUUAUUAAUUUUUCAGUCAGGGUUUGGAUGUGAUGCAAAUGUAAAAUUCUGUUCAAUCAUUUUUGUUUGAUCACAGAGAUAUGAUUCAUAACUCAAAAUGAGAGGAAGUAAGACAUUUUUCUGACAGUUGAGAUAUAAAUUGUAAUGAAAAACAGAACAAAGGCACUAGUGAGGUGCUGUACUAGUGAGGACCUUUCUUUUGUCGCUAUUAGUCACUAUAUGUUUACAGACAACAGUGCUAGAUGCAUACAUUAAAGUAACAGACGGCUUAAUUAUAAAUGCCUCAUUAUAUAUUCUCUGAUCUUCAAGAAUAAAUUAUGCAGAUGUGCUGAUGUACACUUUCAUGAUAAGAAACAACAAACUGGAGAUUUUUUUUAUUCUGUUACCUUAAACAAUGCUUAGAAUAUAUAUAUUAUACUUAGAAUAAAUUAAAAUACUGUCACUUACCUGUUAACAUAUUUCUGGAGAAACAAUAUAAUAAUUUGUUGUUAUUAUAUUAUACUGAACAUUUAUGUUUCAGAUAUCCAAAGAAUGAGUAUUACAUAUUCUGUCGAGUUUGGUCUUGUGAUUGAUGUUUCGUCAAGAUUAAAAGUUGUAUAAAAUA